UCUCUUCCCAUCCCACUCCCCCCUCUUCUUCUUCUUCUUCUUUUUCUUUUCUUCCUCCUCUCUUCUUCCUCCUCUUCCUCCUCCUCUCUUACUCACACUUAUUCCCAACACACACUCUAUUUCUCUUCUCAUUCCCUUUCAUUCCAUCUCCCUUCAUUACCAUCGCUCUUCUUCAUUUGAUCCAUCUUUCUGCAUUCUCCUUCUACGCACUCUACUGUCCUCAUCUUCCCCCCUCUACCUUAACAACGACCUCAUACUCCUCUCCGACCUUUAUAUAUCUGCCCUAACGUCUCUCCUCAACCCCUCCUGCAACUAACGACUACCUCCUAUACUGCUGCAGCACAAUGGCUGGCCUCAAGUAUGAACUCGACCAGUGGAACGAAGGCGUGAUUGCGUUCGAUCAGGGUCUGUACGAGGAUGCCCUGGAGAUCUUUGAGCCUAUUGCAGACUCCGCUAAGAUCCAUUUCAACAUCGGUGUGGUCCUCGCUACCUUGGGCGACUUUGAAGGAGCGAGUGCCGCUUAUGCCCAGGCCACGAAGCUGGAUAAUUAUUUGGCCAUUGCUUACUUUCAGAAUGGUGUGGCGAAUGUUGCGCUCGAGGACUAUUCAAAGGCCCUCAACUGUUUUCAUGACGCUUAUUUGUAUCUCCGAGGAAAUAUGGUGAUCGACUACACGCAGCUGGGGCUGGACUUCAAGCUGUUCUCUUGUCAGGUCCUCUACAACCGCGGACUGUGCUAUAUCGAACUUGGGGAGACGGAUCUAGGCAUGACAGAUAUCUGGCGCGCAUCACGGGAAAAGCAGACCAAGGCGCAUGACAUACUGGACCAGGCACUCAGAAACAAGGGCAAGGACUGCACGGUCUUCACAGUGCCCCAGGGAAUUCUCUAUCGUCCACCAGAGUCCAAAGUGAAGAAUUCGAAAAAGAAGGAUUAUCUCGGCAGCUCCAAAGUCAUUGCUGCCGUCGACGCGUCCGACUCCUUUGCAGGAUUCCAGGGCAAGUCCGCCUGGCAGGUCCAGAUGAGCGGCCCUACCAAUGUCGCUGCAGUGGAGGAGUCUCGGCCCAUGACGCCACCUACGGGUCUGCAACGCAGAGCCACAGAGCGAGUGGGUCCCAAUUUGAAUGUACGAGCAAGGAGAGGAACGGACCCCGAGAGACCACAGCUGGAACACGCAGCCUCCUAUAACGGUCAGGACGCGUCAACACGUCGUGCAGGACCAGGACCGUCAUCCCUUGGCCCAGCUGGAUCUGAGCCAAGGCUGUCGCUCCUCUCCCGUCGCAACACGGAUGCACAGCGACCCGCACCCUUGAAUCUCAAUGGAUACUCAAACAUUGGAGGACCAUCCUCGGCAGCACCGGUAGCUAAAGCAACGACGGCAGGAGGAGCAGCAACAGCAGGGGGGACGACCAGGAGUCAGUAUCAGGAUGAGCUGGAUGAUCUGGAAAAGCAUGUGUACGCACUCAGCAUUGAGGCUCAGGAGAUUACAGUCGGAGACCGGGCUAAUGGAUCACCUUAUAAUAUAUCGACGACAUCCUCCUCGAUGGAUCUGCGGGUCUCACCGGUACCAACCCGGUCCAAUUCAAAUGGACGACAGAACGGACAGGGGCUGGCACAUCCAAUGCCAAGUAAGACCGGCAACUACAACAAUCAUAACUAUGGCAGUAGUCCACCCAGUCGCACGGGUACACCACCUGUGUUCCAGGAAUUGCGGAGAGUGGGUAGCAAAAAUGGAAGCCUUCGACGGGAAGACAGUGUCCGGAGUGCGGCCUCUGGAGGCAGUGGUGGAUCGAUGGGUAAUGGGAUCUAUCAACAGCCAAACGGAAACCACUCUGGAUACAUGCAUGGUGCUGAGGGACCGUAUUUGGAUGAACCCGUCUAUGCUGGACUUCGCGAUAAGCUUCGUGUGAAAUGCCACUACAUCGAUACGCGGGCAGUCCUUGUGCGGGCCGAUACGCCUCUUCAGGAACUGAUCCAGCGGGUGCAGGAAAAAUUCCAGUCCAGCCGACCACUGAAGCUGAAGUACAAGGACGAGGACCGUCAUAUGUUGUCGAUGGUCGAUGACGAGGAUUGGCUGAUGGCCCAGCAGGUUCAUGUGGAGACCACGGGCAGUCUGGAUCGCAUGGAGCUGUGGUGCUUUGAUGACGAGUAGACAAGUAGAGCGACGGAUUCGUCUUUUUUUCAUUUUCUAUUUUUCAUUACAUACCUCUUUUCGCAGGCGUUUUGAGGAUGCACACAAACACACACACACACACGCACACACAUGCACAUGCACAUGCACACAGACAAUUUUAAAGACAUCAUCGUCUCCAUUACCGGCAUAUCUCCACAUAGAAAGGCUUCCUGAACAGAAGGAAGGACCGUAAAAAAACAAAAACAAAA